GUUCGUACAUUAACUGUUCAUCGUCUCCUUCAUUUCUGCUAUACAUUUGUUCCCGUUUGUUCAGCAGCCAAAUCCUUCCAAGUGCUCAAUGAGCUCCACAAAAGCAAAGACAAUCAUGUCGACGCAAAAGAGAGCUUUGCCUUCCACUUCUUCAGGUCAAGAAAGUCUACUCAAGAGGCCACGCAUCGCUCGAAUGAAUCAAACAUGGCGUUGGUCCGGGAGAAAUCUUGUGCCGAGGAGCUGGUUGACAGAGGACGAUGUCCGGAGAGUGGUCAGGGAAGAGCUGGAGCGUGCUAAAUCUGACUUGGCCGAAUACUGUCGAAGUCCACAAGACAGCCAUUGUUCAAGAGAGUGCUGUUCAAAAUCCGGUAAGAUAAACAAAGUUGAUCGAAUUUACACUUUGUCUGAGACAUAUCCCUUCUGCUUAACUUAUUUUGAGGUCUCCAACCUUGGCAAUUCUGCUGUUGGCGUUAUUGGCCAGACAAAAGCGGUGGAGCUUGCAAACAUUCAGUCUCCCCACCUUGCAAGGGCUAUUGGUAAAUCUACGGCAAAGAAUAACGUGAGAAACUUACAGCUUCAAUUACAAAACAAGCUGUCACUUCCUCUAUUUACUGGGAAGAAACUAGAAGGAGAGGGUGGUGCUCGCAUUUCCGUUGCCUUGAUCGAUGCGGAUACAAGGGAUGUUGUUACAUCAGGGCCAGAAGCCUCCAUCAAGCUGGGCGUCGUUGUGCUUGAAGGUGACUUCAAUAGAGACGAUGAGGAAAAUUGGGCUCCAGAAGAGUUUGAUAGCUACGUGGUUAAAGAACGAGAAGGAAAGAGACCGCUUUUGACGGGAAAUCUCCAAGUAAAGCUCAAGGCGGGUGUUGGGGAGCUGGGAGAUAUGAUAUUUACCGACAAUUCCAGUUGGAAUAGGAGCAAAAAAUUCAGGAUAGGGCUCAAAGUGGCAUCGAGUUAUGGGAAGAAUACACGAAUCCGAGAAGCAAAAACAGAUGCCUUCUCUGUCAAGGACCAUAGGGGAGAAGCAAACAAGAAACACUAUCCACCAGCAUCUGACGAUGAGGUCUGGAGAUUGAAAAAUAUAGCAAAGGAUGGACCAUUUUACAAGCGGCUGAUUGCAGAAGGAAUACGUAACGUGGAACAGUUUUUACAACAACUCUACUUGGACUCCGAGAAACUGAGAAAUAUUCUCGGAAAGGGCAUGAGAGAGGAGAAGUGGAAAGCCCUCGUAGAUCAUGCAAAAACUUGCACUUCAAAUGGGAAACUCUUGCACGAUAAUGGAAAUGAUCGCGGUGUUAUAUUCAACAGCAUUGGUCAAGUCAGUGGCCUAACUGCCGGCGGGGUGCAUUAUGCUGCUGACAUAAUUUCUCCCCAUCAGAAGGUCUGUGCAGAUAAAUUGGUGAAAAAGGCCUAUGAGAAUUGGAAUGAUGUCACAUCAAACGAAGCUGAGGCUUCUUCAAGUUCCAUGUUGGAGAAGAUCUCGUGUUCUUUUCCGUGUGAAGUUCUAGGAGAUCAACAAUGCUUCCAUCCAGCUGACAACAAUACGCCUCCACCGAGACGGGGCGGUCAUGUUAGUUUGAAAGUACCUCCUAGAACUUCAGCAUCCACAGUGGAAGAUGGGUUUUGGGACCAAAUGGAGCCUUCAGCAGAUACAAAUGUGCAGCCAUUAGGACAACCGUACGGGUCAACAUCAGGCUUCCCAACUUUAAGAAACAGUGGUAGUACUUCUGCUCGAUUGCCAAUGCAACCACAAAGUCUCAAUUCCCAACAUGCCACGCGGAACCCGAUUAUUGGUGGUUUGAACCAAAUGGAGCCUUCAGCGUAUACAUACGGAAGUUUCCCAGGAAACAGUGGUAUUACUUCUGCUGGAUUGCCAAUUCAAUUACAGAGUCUCAAUUCCCAAAAUGCCAUGUGGAACCAAAUUACUUCCGGUUCGAACCAAAAGGAGCCUUCAGCAAAUACAAAUGUACAGCCAUACGGACAACUCUACGGGCCAUCAUCAAGCUUCCUAGCUUCCAAUAAUGAAGACUACGAGUAUGUUUGUGAACAGUUCUUUGAGGGCCCGAAUCUUGCGGCUGCUGAUCAAGCACUACUUGCUCCCGGACAACCUUUUGGGAUUUGACAUUCAGCGCAUUGGCCAUGGAGACUUCCUAUUUACCUCAAUUGUUUAAAUUGAGUCAUAUUUAUUAUGAGUUUUUAAAUUGAAGUAUGAACACUAUGCUUGUUGGUGUAAUGCACACAUCCAUGUACAACUGGUUCUAUGUCUGUUUGUCAUUUUAGUUCUACGAUGCCAUGGGCUAAGAAAGGGAUUGAAUUUGCGGACCAAACUGGCUGUCACUGGUUUUUACUAGAUUACUAUCCUUAUAGAUGGAGCGGUUUCCAUGCA